GUGUGGCUGACGGCAGCGCCGCGCUGCUCUUGGAGAGGUCACUCCGGAGACGGCGUUGGUUUUGGGGUGUGGGGGUCGGUGGCACUAUGUGGCGCGUCUGUGCACGACGGGCCCAGAAUGCGGCCCCAAGGGCAGGACUUGGGGCUCGGUGGACAGCCUUGCGGGAGGGACCUGGCGGGCCGUGCAUGACCUCGAGGUCUAGCCCGGCCCCGGCUCGAUGCAACAGCGGGACCGCAGGGUAUGGCGGGGUCCGGGCACUGUGCCGCUGGAAUCCCAACUCUGGGGCCACGCCACGGAACCGCUUACUGCUGCAACUUUUGGGGUCGCCCGGCCGUCGCUGUUACAGUCUCCCCCCGCACCAGAAGGUUCCAUUGCCUUCUCUUUCCCCCACAAUGCAAGCGGGCACUAUAGCCCGUUGGGAAAAAAAAGAAGGGGACAAAAUCAAUGAGGGUGACUUAAUUGCAGAGGUUGAAACAGAUAAAGCCACCGUGGGAUUUGAGAGCCUGGAGGAGUGUUAUAUGGCAAAGAUACUUGUUGCUGAAGGUACUAGAGAUGUACCAGUUGGAGCAAUCAUCUGUAUCACAGUUGGAAAGCCUGAAGAUAUUGAAGCCUUUAAAAGUUAUACCUUAGAUUCCACAGCAGCACCUACACCACAAGCAACCCCAGCACCCACCCCUGCUGCUGCUGCUCCGCCACCUGCACCUUCUGCUCAGGCUCCUGGUAGCUCAUAUCCCACUCACAUGCAGGUAGUUCUUCCUGCCCUCUCUCCCACCAUGACCAUGGGCACAGUUCAGAGAUGGGAAAAAAAAGUGGGUGAGAAGCUAAGUGAAGGAGACUUAUUGGCAGAGAUAGAGACUGACAAAGCCACUAUAGGUUUUGAAGUACAAGAAGAAGGCUAUCUAGCAAAAAUCCUGAUCCCUGAAGGCACAAGAGAUGUCCCUCUAGGAACCCCACUCUGUAUCAUUGUAGAAAAAGAGGCAGAUAUAUCAGCAUUUGCUGAUUAUAGGCCAACCGAAGUAGCUGAUUUAAAACCGCAAGUACCACCACCUAUCCCACCCCCGGUGGCCACUGUUCCUCCAACUCCCCAGCCUUUACCUCCUACACCUGCAGCCACCCACCCAGCUACACCUGCUGGACCAAAGGGUAGGGUGUUUGUGAGCCCUCUUGCAAAGAAGUUGGCAACAGAGAAAGGGAUUGACCUUACACAAGUAAAAGGGACGGGACCAGAUGGCAGAAUCACCAAGAAGGACAUUGACUCUUUUGUGCCUACUAAAGCUGCUCCUGCCCCUGCAGCUGCUGUACCUCCUCCGAGUCCAGGAGCAGCACCAGUUCCUACAGGCAUCUUCACAGAUAUCCCAAUCAGCAACAUUCGUCGAGUUAUUGCACAGCGGUUAAUGCAAUCAAAACAAACCAUACCUCAUUAUUACCUUUCCAUUGAUGUAAAUAUGGGAGAAGUUUUAUUGGUACGGAAAGAACUUAAUAAGAUGUUAGAAGGGAGAAGCAAAAUUUCUGUCAAUGAUUUCAUCAUAAAAGCUUCAGCUCUGGCAUGUUUAAAAGUUCCUGAAGCAAAUUCUUCUUGGAUGGACACAGUUAUAAGACAAAAUCAUGUUGUCGAUGUCAGUGUUGCGGUCAGUACUCCUGCAGGACUCAUCACACCUAUUGUGUUUAAUGCACAUAUAAAAGGGCUGGAAACCAUUGCUAAUGAUGUUGUUUCUUUAGCAACCAAAGCGAGAGAGGGGAAACUGCAGCCACAUGAGUUCCAGGGUGGCACUUUUACAAUCUCCAAUUUAGGGAUGUUUGGAAUUAAGAAUUUUUCUGCUAUUAUUAACCCACCCCAAGCAUGUAUUUUGGCAAUUGGUGCUUCAGAGGAUAAACUGGUUCCAGCAGAUAAUGAAAAAGGGUUUGAUGUGGCUAGCAUGAUGUCUGUUACACUCAGUUGUGAUCAUCGAGUUGUGGAUGGAGCAGUUGGAGCCCAGUGUCUUGCUGAGUUUAGAAAGUACCUUGAAAAGCCUAUUACCAUGUUGUUAUAAUUAUCCCAAGAAUUUCUAGACUUUCCCCAGUCACAUCACAUUAUUCAUUCUUAUCAGUAUAUUUAUAUGUUAUUAAACAGGUGGUUCUUUUUAUUUUAAACUUAA